GGCCGGGAAUCAAAGGGAGGGGGAAGCCACGGACGAUGGAUGUGGAAGCUGGGGCUGAAGAGAUGGGUCCUCUAGAUUAUGUGUCGAAGUCGGAAAUUGUGCACAGUUAUCAAUCGCACGGUCCGAUCACAUAUUCGGUGAAAAGGCCAGUUAGAAACCUCUUCAGUGUGAAGGGCACGGCCGUGAAGAUGGUUGCUUUGUCGUUCGAUUUUCUCGUUUUGAAUGUGCUUCAUAUUAUUCUGGUCAUCGUUUUCCAAAAGUACGGUGUUAACGAGCGUGGUGCUGACGGUAAACCGAAGACGGAUUGGUACAAGAUUACGAACGAGAUGUUUGCCGUGAUGUCUCCGCUCCUCGUCUUCUUCCUGGUCUUCUACAAUAAUCAAGCGUAUAAUCGUUACAUGGAGCAGUUCUUCAUCGCCAGGAAACUCGAGGGUAUAGUCAAAUACAUCACUAAUCGACUUCGCGCUCAUUUUCGCCAUGAUCCCUUCCCUGGGGCCGAGCAAUCCAUGCGCGAAAUGCUCAGGACUGUUAUCGUCGCCCAUUACUGCCUUUACUUGCGUCUACCGCGAUACACCAAGCGGCCGAUCCACGACUGGGGAUGGGACUACCUGUGCAAGUACGGACUUGUCAAGAAGGAAGAGCAAGCGGUGUUGGUCGGCAAAAGCGGACCUGAUAUCAUGGGAGAGACUCUUGCGUUCUGCUUGGAGCGAUUAGGUCAGCACGUGCGGUACGGACACAUCGACACCCUCACUUUCAACGCUUUCGAGCAGGAUUUGCACGUCAUGGCCGGCUUCAUUAUGUCUAUCACCGCUUACGCAAACAAUCCGGUUCCAUUCGCGUACUACCAUUUAGCGAAUCUUUUGACGCUGGGCCAGCUGGCCUUGCUGGCGUACGCUUUCGUGUUCUUAGACAGCUACCUGACGAUUGUAGUGUUCGCAUUGCUGACGAUCGCGUUGUUAGGGUUAAGAGAUAUGAGUUGCGCGUUGUCGGAUCCAUUUGGAGUUGACGACACCGAUUUUCAAACGAUGUUGCCGACGGCAAGGUGCCACGUGGACAACGAGGGGCUGCUGAGCCGAGACAGCGUUUUUGGAAACGCAGCUCUGCCAGGCAAUCCAUCGCCGCCUUCUCCUCCUCCCUCCCUCUCUCGUUCUCCUGCUUCGCAGUCUCCUCCCCCCCCCAAUGGUGGCGGCUCAUUGUCUUCUUCUCCGCCUGUCACAUCAAGAAGGAACCGUGUGCGCGCCGGACCUAUCUCCCCUUCUCGUCAGUCUUCUCUUCCCGCGGGACAGCAGCAACACCGAAGUCCAUCGCCAUCGCCGAGGAAAGCCGGGAGCCCGCUCCACCAUGGUGGUCUAAUGAAUGGACGCAACGGCGGCGGAGGAGGAGGUGGUGCCAAGGCUCCCGCAGCAUCGAGUGCGGCAAUGAUCGAGCGCAGCUCAGACGGGAGCGCAGCUGCCGUCAGCGACGCUCGUCACACACCUGUGCGACGAGGAAGGUCGCCAUCGCCAGCCGGGAAAUGAGGGCGGGGGAAAUGCUCUUCUACAAGUUCUUAUCUUAUACAAGUGCUUAACCAGCUUUGCCGCCGGGAGGGUGCUAUGGCUAUGGCUAUGGCUAUGGCAGAUCUUUUCCCUUUUCGCCGGAAACGAGUACUAGAAAAAUGGUCCAAAAUUUUUAUCGGCACGUAAUUGGAAAGAAAGUUCCUCGAGAGUAUAUCUGAGGUCGAAAGUAUUCUGCUGCAAUUAGCCUACACGUGGCAAGGCAUGCUCGCUGCUGCAGUCACGUGACAAGGCACGCUCGCUGCUGCAAUCACGUGAUAAGGCACGUUCGCUGCUGCAAUCACGUGACAAUGCACGCUCGCUGCUGCAAUCACGUGACAAGGCACGUGCUGAGGAUGAUCGACGGACACUUUAAACAGUGUUUCCCGCGUUUUUAUGCAGUCCGAUGGGGUGAUCUCUCAUCGGCAAUACCAGAUCGCCUACUAGAAGAUUGGGCGGGUUCUCUGAAGAACAAUGUGCUUGUGUCGUCGUAAAGGAUGACAGUAGCGGCGGCAGAUUCUAUGCAUUGCUGAGGGUGCGUCUCUCAGUUUCCAACUGCUCGUUGUAUGUGCCUUUGUAUAGAAGAUUUGCUGUGAUUAAUAAUAACCAGUAUGUGUCUGGCGCCAAAAAAAAAAAAAAGUAAAAAAAAAAAAAUCGGGCAAUCUACAAUCCUGUCGUAGCGUUCUCCACAUAACUCCCAUCAACACAUCACUCCCACGAUCCGUCGAUCGAGUGACAAGCGGAUCGAGCAACCAAUCAGGCAAUGUGCUCGUGCGUGCGGCGCUGAGUUAUUUUUUUGGCCGGUUUAUUCUCUUUAUACAGAAAUAGGAUCUUUGAUCGGUGCAGUGAAGUGGAUUCUCCUGAACCCAGAAAAGACAGGAGGUAGCGGUUAACAUGAGGUAUAUAUAUACGCAUACAUUACAUACUCUCUCUCUCUCUCUCUCUCUCUCUCUCUCUCUCUCUCUCUCUCUCUCUCUCUCUCUCUCUCUCUCUCUCUCGCUUUCUUUUUCAAUUCCUUUUGUGUGCCGCUUUCCUUCUCGAUCUCUUUCUUGCUGCGAGUUCGGCUUUUUCGUUGAUCAGAAAAAUCGUCAAUGGAUGGAGUGAUUUUCAUUCAAUUCGCUUGCGCGCGCGCGCGCACGAGUCCGCGGUCCGCUAGGUGCUGCGCGCUUUGGUUGGGCAAAGUGUUUGGGUGAAGUGGGUCCAGCUUGGGGUCGGGGCAAAAUUUGCUCGCAGAUUGAUUGCAUUCGUGUCUGAUGCAUGUGUGUCGAGGUCGUUCAUCCAUAAUCAUACGCAUCGAGAGCCAGAUAGAUACGGAACUAGAGACACACAAUUGGAUAUUGGCUGUACAGACUCUUUAUAUAGGUAGAUAAAUCGGACGAUUAGAUAGAUAUAAUAGAUUGACAAGGUAGAUAGACAGUUAUGCAGUCAGAUAGAUAGAUGAAUAGAUAGAUAGAUGGAUAGACAGCUAGGCAGACAAUAGAUAGAUGAAUAGGUAGAUAGAUAGAUAGAUAAGUAGAUAGAUAGAGAAAUAGAUAGAUAGAGAAAUAGAUAGAUAGAUAGAUAGAUAGAUAGAUAAAUGCGAAUAGACAGGCGGGAAGACGGAUUCUUUUUAAGAGGGAGAGCUGAUCAUAGGUGCGGAGAGGAAGGGUUUCUGAAUGUAGACGGAUCCUUUUUAAAGAGGGAGAGCUGAUUAUAGCUGCGAAGAGAACUUAAAGGUUUAAUGAAUGUACCAGACAGGC